AUGGCUGCAGACCGAAUGAGACAGAUCCACCUGGGUCUUGGCUCAGCUGGCUACGCAGUCGUCUCUAGAGACAGCGCCGAGCAGCAGCAGCAGCAGCAGCAGCAGCAGCAACAGCUCGCCAUAUUUGCCCAGGAGCACGAGGCGCACGAGGAGAUUCUACUGGCCCAGUGCCCGCAGACUGUCUGGCCGCAGGGCUCCUACCGGGCGAGCUGUCCGCGACCCAUCCUCGUCACCAAGCAGCACUGCGACCAGCUGCUGCAGCUGCACGGCGCGCUGACGGCGGCCAUUAAUGACAUUGUUCCGCGGUGGUGGAGGGACACUGAGGCUCGCUUUCCGCAGCGGAUGCCGCUGGCGGCGGAAGAGGAGGACUUGCUCAAGUGGCUUGACGAGCAGCAAGACUUGGGCCAUGUCCGUGAAUACUCGACCUGCCAGGGCUCGUGGCGCCCCGACUUCCUCAUUGAAGAGGUGCGCGCCGCCGACGGCACCUGCGCCGAAAGCUUUCGCGUCUCCGAGAUCAACGCGCGCUUCUGCUUCAACGGCUUCAUGCACAUUGCAUACGGCAGCGCGGCGCUGGCCGACAUGGGCACGGAGCGGUCCGGCCUCGUCGCCGCCACCGACGGAGAGCAGUUCCUUGACGGCCUGCUAGGGCUCUUUCAACACGACAAGCCCCUCCAUCUCCUCAAAGGCGAGGAACGCGGCAUGGACAUUCAAAUGUUUGUCUACGCCGUGCAGCAGCGUCUCGGCACCGCCCCGCGCCUCAUCACCCCAGCCGAUCUGCGCCUCGCCCCGGACGCACACGGCCGCACAACGCUCUGCUGCCUCGCCUCGCCGGAUGCCGCCGGAACCCUGCUGCGCACCGCCGCCGGCGAGCUCGUCGAGGAAAUCCACCAAGUCGGCCUGGAGCUGCGCCAGCACGAGCUCCUGCAGCUCGACCGCGACGUCUGGCGCCACCUGAGCCUGCGCUGCUUCAACGACAUGCGCACGGUGCUGCUCGUGCACGACAAGCGCAUGCUCGGCAUCGUCCUGCAGGAGCUCGACAACCUCGUCGCGCGGGGCGUGCUCACGCCGGCGCAAGCCGCGGCGCUGGACCGCGGCAUCGCGCACACCAUCCUGCCCGGCUCCCCUGAGCUGCAGACGCUCAUCAUGAAGAAGAACAAGGACGAGUACAUUUUGAAGCCGGUGCGAGGCGGCAAGGGUGCCGGCAUCGUGUUUGGCGAGGAGAUGAGCGUGGAUGAGUGGCGCGCGGCGGUGGAGAGGCUGCGGCGGCGGCCGCCGGUGGUGGAUGACGAGGCCGGCUUGUUUGUGGUGCAGCGCAAGGUUGAGCAGAUUCGGUACGACGUGGUGCUCAAGAAGAACGGCGAGGUUGGACGAUUUCCGCUCGUGGGCACAUAUCAUGUCGUCAACGGACGUUAUCUGGGCAUAGGCAUCUGGCGCAGCAGCGCAGAGCGCAUCUGCGCCGUGUCUACUGGAGGUUCGUGGAUGUGCUCUGUCAUGACCCCUUGA